ACAGGAGCACUCAGAAGGUGUCGCAAUCCUCAGUGCCCCAGCUGUCAUUAACGAAAGAGCUGGGGAAAGCAGGCGGACUGCAGCAGGUUUCAGGAACUUGACUCAAAGAGUUAAGGAGAGGAGAGAACAGGAGGUCAGCGCGUCCGGCCAGGUUCCAGCAAGGAAUUUCAAAAGAACACAGAAAGUACCCAGGUGAUGUGGCUCUCACCUGAAAUCCCAACACUCUGGAAGGCUGAGGCAGGAAGAUGGAAAGUUCAAGCACAUUCUGGAUGGGGAAACUGAGGCUUGGAAAAGUGAAGUAAUUUGACAAAGGCUACAAAACUGGUGAGCACCCACUGGCACCAUGGCAGGGCUGGGAGCCUGCAACCUGGCCACAGCAGCCUUGAUCAUCCUGUUCCUCCCCAGAAGCAUGGAGAAAUGCGGACACAUCAGCCUCUCUGCACCCAUUGUGCGCUUGGAGGACCCUGUCACAGCCUCCUGCACUGUCAGCCAGAGCUGCAGCCACCUGGAGCCAGAGCCACAGAUCUUAUGGAAGCUGGGAGCAGAGCUGCUGCAGCACAGGGGGAAGCAGCAGACCCAACCCGACGGGUCUCAGCAAUCAGUCAUCACCCUGCCAUCCCUCAACAGCACGCACACCUUUCUCCACUGCUAUCUGAACUGGAGCAACAGUCUGCAACUCCUGGACCAAGCUGAGCUGUGGGCAGGCCACCCUCCAGCCAUGCCUUAUAACCUGUCCUGCCUCAUGAACCUCACAACAAACAGCCUCACCUGCCAGUGGGAGCCAGGAGCCGACACCCACCUGCCCACCAACUUCACCUUAAAAAGCUUCAAGAGCCGGGGUGACUGUCAGACCAAGGAGGACCCCAUCAAGGACUGCGUGCCUGCAGACGGGCAGAGCUACUGCUCCAUCCCUCGCAAACACCUGCUCUUGUACCAGAAUAUGGUCAUCUGGGUGCAGGCAGAGAACGCGCUGGGGACCAGCCUGUCCCCACAGCUGUGCCUUGAUCCCAUGGAUGUUGUAAAACUGGAGCCCCCCACACUGUCGGCCCUGGACCCCAACUCUGAGGUGGCACGACCUCGGCCAGACUGCUUGUGGUUGCGCUGGGAGCCAUGGAAGCCCAGCUUUUACAUGAACCAGAAGUGUGAGCUGCGCUACCGGCCGCAGCUGGGAGAAGCCAGCUGGGCACAGGUGGGCCCUCUGCCCUCCAGGACUACCCGGUAUGAGCUCUGUGGGCUCCGUGCAGCCACAGCCUAUGCCCUGCAGAUGCGCUGCAUCCGCUUACAUCUGCCGGGUGACUGGAGCAGCUGGAGCCCCAGCCUGGAGCUGCAAACCACCCAGAAAGUCCCCAUCGUCAGACUGGACACGUGGUGGCGGCAGAGGCAACUGGACGCCAAAACCACUGGUGUGCAGCUUUUCUGGAAGCCCACACCCUUGGAGGAAGACAGCGGACAGAUCCAAGGGUACCUGCUUUCCUGGAGUCCCACAGCCCACGCCGAGCUGGUUCUGCCCCUCUGCAACACCACAGAGCUGGGUUGCACCUUCCAGCUGCCUUCAGAGGUCGAGGAGGUGACCCUUGUAGCCUACAACAGCGCUGGGACCUCUCAUCCCACCCCAGUAGUCUUCCUGGAGAACAAAGGCCCACCCCUGGCCAGGCUUCACGGCAGGGCCCGAGACCGUCAGAGCCUCUGGGUGGACUGGGAGCUCCCCAAUCCUGUCCCUCAGGGCUAUGUGAUUGAGUGGGGCCUGAGUUCCCCCAGCUCCAACAGCAGCAAUGUGACCUGGAGGCUGGAACCCAAUGGGAGCAUCACGGAAACUCUGCUGCAGGAGAACAUCUGGCCCCUUCAGCUCUACGAGAUCACUGUGACUCCCCUGUACCAGGGCACCAUGGGACACACCAAGAAUGUCUAUGUCUACUCCCAAGAAAUGGUCCCCCCUCGUGCUCCAGUGCUGCAUCUGAAGCACAUAGGUAAGACGUGGGCUCAGCUGGAGUGGGUCUCCGAGCCUGCUGAGCUAGGGAAGAGCUCUCUAACCCACUACACCAUCUUCUGGACCAACGCUCAGGACCAAUCCUUCUCCACCGUCCUGAAUGCCUCCUCCCAUGGCUUUGUCCUGCAUGGCCUGAAGCCCGCUAGUCUCUACCACGUCCACCUCAUGGCCACCAGCCAGGCUGGGGCCACCAACAGUACAAGCCUCACCCUGAUGACCUUGGCCGUAGGAGAGUCCGAGAUACACAUUUUCGUGGUUGUGUUUGGCAUCCUGAUUUUGCUCAUCUUCUUCUGUGGGGCUUUCUGGCUCUGCUGCCACCCCAGCAGGAAGAAUCCACUGUGGCCAAACGUGCCAGACCCAGCCCACAGCAGCCUGGGCUCCUGGGUGUCCACCAUCAUGGCAGAGGAGACCUUCCAGCUGCCCAGCGUUCAGGACCCCAGCACGACAUCCAUCACCAAGAUCACCGUGCUGGAGGAAGAAGAGAAGAAGCCAGCGGCCUGGGAGUCUAGUGACAGCUCAGAAACCUGUGACCUCCCCACCCUUGUCCAAGCCUAUGUGCUCCAAGGAGACCCAAAAGCAGCUCCCACACAGUCACAGCCACAGUCUGGCACCAGUGACCAGGUCUUUUAUGGGCAGGUGCUGGGCAGUCCCACCACUCCAGGGUCAGGGCACUACUUUCGCUGUGACUCUACUCAGCCCCUCUUGGGAGCCCCCACCCCCAGUCCUAAACCCUAUGAGAAUCUUUGGUUCCAGAUCAGCCCCCUGAGAGCGCCAGAGUCUCCAUCCCCAAACCAAGAGGAUGACUGUGUUUUUGGGCCACUGCUUGACUUCCCCCUCCUGCAAGGGCUCCGUGUCCAUGGAGCAGAGGGACUAGGGGGCUUCUAGGAUUUCCAGAGUCUCCCUACCUGGGCCUGCCUCUUGACAGUCCUGGACUGUCCAGAAAAGGGGAGAGGUCAGUAAAAACUACCCAGGCCCAGGAAAGCAGGGAGGCUCCCAGCUCUCCCUGGUUUCCAGCACAUCUUUCCCUCUCUAUUUCCAUUGGCUGAGUCUCCCUGCAUGAUUUAAGAGGCAAGAAAUGCUCUGUCCAGUUCCACCUAUUGGCCUUUUGUGCUUGUUUCUUAUAGUAAUUUCAGCCUCAUAAACUGAUUUUUUUGGCACUGGGUUUUUCAUUGUGUUUUUGUUGUUUUUAGAAACCAUGACUGUGCCCGAAUCACUGUUUCUUUUCAGGGAUCUAGUAGUCAGGAGAUUACGUCUCAGAAUCAUUCAUUUGACUCGCUCUCACCUAGACUCUCCAGUGAUGGCAAAUGUUCUAGAGCUUUGAAUGAUAACAAACAGCCUACUACAGCAUGAAUACCAUAGGUUCACCACCACCGACUAGGUUCUGUGCCGACAGCAGAGAUCCAAAAACGACAGCUCAGUCCACUCUCAGAGAACUCCCAGUUCUAUGGUGGAAACCCAAAAUUGCUUAUUAGGGUACAGCAGCAAGGAUUAUAGGGAGAGGCAGACUGCUGUGGAACAUGGUGAGGAGCCUAGAAUAACACUAAUCCCUACUGGGGAACUAUAAUUAACACAAAUUCUCUUACCAACCCAGAAACCCUCUACACAAGGAUAAAAGAGCAAGAAAAUAGUUUUGUGACUAAGCUUUAAACUUUACAUGUGAUGUUCAUGGCAGGGAAUCCACUAAAGAGUUUACAAAGACAGAAAAAAAUCUUGCCAUUUUAUGUAGCCAAGUGGAUACAACUCAUUGCACACCCUGUCUCAAGAUAAACAAGAUAACUGAGUUCAAUUCCUAGUACAAAAAAAUGAAAUGAAAUAAAAACAAUAACUAUGGGCCAGGGUUUUAGCUCAGCAGCAUAAGCGCCUGCCUGGCAAGUAUGAGGUCAUGAGUUUGAUCCCCGGUACCAAAUAAGUAAAUAAAUAAAUAAUGCUCAAGUGGGAGGACUUCACAGUACCAAUUCUCACACAUAGUUCAUCUUAAAUUCAUUCGAUGAAUGGGGUACCCAUUUAUGUUUGCUAAUUGCCUUUAUCCAAAGUAACAGUACAUUACUCUUGUCUUUACCACAAAAGGAUUUGCAACUCUGAGCUCAUCCUCAGCUGAAGUUGGAGGUCCAAACUCCCACAAGCAAUUUGGAGGAAAAGGGAGCAUUGUCAUGCUUGAGGAUUAUAAAUCAAAGAGAUGGCUUCAAGGUCCUUGAGGAAAACAUUGCUGGGUUGUAAAAGUGGAAAGAAGUUUAUUUAGUUUGUAAGAUUCCCAUACAUCUCCAAAGAGUAGAAAACCUUCAUAGAUCCAGGCGUGGGGGCACUACUGUAAUCCCAGCACUUGGGAGGCUGAGGCAGGAGGAUUACCAUGAGUUUGAGGCCAGCCUGGGCUACAUAUGCGAGUUCAAGCCCAGCCUGAGCAAAAACCUGUCUCAGAAAAAAAAGAAAAGAAAAAAGACUUCACAAUUACAAUUUUUCUACAGUAAAUGCUCUAAGAAAAGUGAAGGGAGGAGAAUCUUUUUGUUCCAGAGAGAAUGAAACUUUAUUUCUCGUUUUUAUUUAUAUUUGCUCUUGGUCCCCCAUUUCACAAAAUUAUCGCAGCUAAGCAUUAUUGAAUACUUCUGUUUAACUAAGUACAUACUUGGCACACAAAUCCCUCAGGUAAGAUACAUGCUGUUAUUACCAUCCCCUAUUUGAGGGAUGAGUACAGUGUGGUCCAGAAAAUUUAAGUGACUUGCCCACGAGGUCACCUAAUCAGUAACUCACUGAGUUAGGGUCCUUGCUCAGCGAACUGAGUCACCAAGCUACAAGCUUGCAAGGCUGAAUCUCGGUUGUUCUCAUAAGGCUGCAUUCUGAGCAAGGCACUAGGGCCAAGGGAAAAUGGGCGGGGUGGGGGCGGACCGCAAACCCCAAAGUAAUCAGAGCCCAAGACCACGAAUGUGUCGAGGAAUUAAGAGCAGGAUGCCCUCCAAGAAAAAGUGACACUUUACAGUAUGUACUCCACUGGCCACAAUGCCACGUCCUCAAUCUGACCAGCUGCUAAUCAAAACCUCUCAAUUUUACCCAAAAUGCCGAGCGCCUCGAGAAGCCUGCCCGCCGAUCCAUUCUCUCGAUUCUCGUUUACUUUUGUCGCGCAACUGCCUCGAUUACUCUGGCCUGAGCCAUCAUGGCGGCGCCCAUGUAGCUGGGCUCUCGCGACCUGGACGGUGGCCGUGGCGUGGGCCCCGCGGGGGUCGAGAGUCACCAUGCUUAAGGCCGCGUGGAGAGCAGUGAGCUUAUUUGGAUUCCGGGCAGCGACCCAGGCCCCAGUCUUUGGUCUGCCGGGCAGAGGGAGGGCCAGGCUUCUCUCAGACCAAUGGGGCCUGCAGCCUCAAAGUCUUCUACAGGCUGCUUGUGGAUAUGCCACCCAGAAUCCAGUCCAGCCCUGCCACGACAAUGACCCACCCCCUUCUACGCUCCUCAAAGACUACCAGAACGUCCCUGGAAUCGAGAAUAUUUCUUUGCCUUUUCUCUCUCCUCCUAUAUUUGCCUCUUACUGCUCUGGGUUUCCAUAGGGCUGACGAUGUUGUGAAAAGACUGUUAUCUUUGGAAAUGGCUAACCGG